GCAAGUCUAGGAAGUAUUUCCAGCCUCAUCCCUCAUGACUGAUGGGAGAAGACACCACAACGCCCACUGCCCUCCUCCCAACCACCGACUGUCCCGUGCCAAUCAUUAACUGCAGCCUCAGGCAAUAUAAGAGAUCCUUAUAUAUAUCUGGUCCACAGUCACAAUCUAACAGCAGCUGACAGAUGGGAGACAGGAAGACCAUGCAGAGCAAGGAGGAUUUCAGGUAUGAGGACUGCGAGGAGACAGCUCGUUGGCUCAUGGACCGUAUACAGUCCCCUCCCGUGAUGGCCAUCAUCUGUGGCUCCGGUCUGGGGCUUCUCGCAGAUACGCUGACCGACGCGAAAACCUUUGACUACGGCCAAAUUCCACAUUUCCCUACAAGCACAGUGGCUGGGCAUUCAGGGCAGCUGGUGUUUGGCAUCCUUCAAGGCAAGUCAUGCGUUGUUAUGAAAGGUCGUUUCCACAUCUACGAAGGAUAUCCGCUUUGGAAAGUUACUCUCCCCAUCCGAGUGUUUACGCUCCUGGGAGUCAAGGUCCUGGUGGUGACAAAUGCUGCGGGGUCACUAUGUGAGACGUACAGCCCAGGGGACCUCAUGAUCAUCCGAGAUCACAUCAAUAUGCCGGGAUUGGCUGCCUUAAACCCCCUGAGAGGGCCCAACGAUGAGAGGUUCGGCCCUCGCUUCCCCUCCCUCUGGGACACAUACGAUCAGGACCUGCGCUGCGCAGCCUUGGAAAUCUCUCGCCGGCUCGGCCAUGCAGAGUUCACCCAUGAAGGGGUGUACUGUAUGGUAGGGGGACCAAACUUUGAGUCCGUCGCAGAAGCCAGGUUCUUGCAGCGGCUGGGUGCUGAUGCUGUUGGUGAGUUUGGAUUAGAGCACACGUUAGGUGACACUGUCCGAGUCCUGAUAUUCUCUGUCACCCCUGUGGGUUUCCUCCCAGUACUCCGGUUUCCUUCCACACUUCAAAACAUGCAGUUGGGUAAAUUGGUGCCUGUCCAAAAUUAGCCCUAGUAUGAUAUU